AUGCCUGGAGCGGUACGAAAUACGGUAGAUAGGCUUGACAAGCCAAGUGCUUACUAUCAGAGCAGAAACAAGAAGCGCAAUUACAGCAGAGACGAUGAUCGAGACCGCACGCCAGAAGAGCCAGCUGAGGACCCCUUGAAAGACGCCACCACCCUCUACGUGGGAAAUCUAUCCUUCUACACGACUGAAGAACAGAUCCACGAACUCUUUUCAAAGUGUGGGGAGAUAAAGCGGUUGAUCAUGGGGCUGGAUAGGUUCAGCAAGACGCCAUGCGGUUUCUGUUUUGUGGAGUAUUACACCCACCAGGACGCGCUGGAUUGCAUGAAGUAUAUUGGAGGCACUAAGCUUGACGAGCGCAUCAUUCGGACGGACCUGGAUCCUGGAUUUCAAGAGGGAAGACAGUAUGGAAGGGGAAAGUCUGGUGGCCAAGUGCGCGACGAGUACCGGGAGGAGUAUGAUGAAGGAAGAGGAGGUCUCGGCCGUGCCAUUCAAGCGGAAAGAGUCAAGGAGGAAGAGGAGUACGGUAAGGGUAGAUAG